AUGUGGUUCAGGGCUGAUGUCUUCAGAACGUCCAGCUGCUCCUUUCCCAGGAUCCCCUCUCCUGUGGGAGACAGAGAACACUCCGCUUCAAAUAUUGUCCGCAACAUUGAGACGAGCUUCGAGCGACAGCAGAGGGGUCUAACUGGCCGGCUGGGGGUCAGCGACAGCCCACCUCUGAGCCAUGAGCGGCAGCGCGGACACAGGCAGCAGAUACGGCUGCUUCAUGUGACUGAGAGCCAGGGAUGUUGGGGCUCGACUGAUACUGCCUGUGCUCAGCAUAGCAAAUGUGGCUGGCAGCGGCGGUGGAGAGGGUUGGGGGGUGGGGGGAUGGAGAACCAGAGCGGGAGGUAA